CACCGUACAGCAGAGUAUCAUCGGCGGUAAGGCACAAAAAAAAACUACACACAGUCGAUCCUGCCGUAAGUGAGCAAAACAAAAACAUUGCUAAACGCGAGCUGGCAGUGUUUUCUAGCUUUCGAGACAGACGGUCGUUUGGUGGUUUUUGGUUGGAUUAGCGAUCGCGCGAUGAACAGAACGGAAUCCGAGGAAAGCCCGGUUGAACUGCUGGUAGAAUCUGUGUCACCGACGCCGUCCGAUGUGGGUUCCAUGUCCGAUUCUCCGGUCAGGGCCCAUCCGAGACAGAAGAAGAAGAAAAGUGGAUUAUCGUUCAAAAAGAUUCGUAGCAACGCUCAAAAGUUGAUGCCGGGACGCAAGAAAGGCGAAAAGGACGGAGAAACCGAGGAAACCGAGGAUCCCACUGAAGAAGGUCCACCCACUUCCCCACCGUCCGCGACGGGUUUGGAUGAACUGAAGUCAACCGAGAGUCUUCCAGCGAUCAACGAGGAACAACCGGUUCUGCAAGGCACCAAAUCCAUCGAAGAAUUUCCCGGCGAAAGAAAAGCGAAAAAGACUCGUAAAGCAAAUCGCGCUGCAAGUUUCGUGAAAAAACUUGCCGGUCGGAAGGGCAAAGUUGCUCCCAAUCCGGUCAGUUCUCCACCCGAAGACGACGCUUCCGCUUCGACCAUGGAGACUCCGCUCAGCAUCAAGCGACGAACGCCGGAAGGUGCCAAUCUGAAUGUUUCCGAUACCAGCCUGACCGAAAGUGACAAACCGAGUGAAAGUUUCAAAAUCGAACAACUCGAACGUGAACCCAAACUAAUUCGGACGAUUCCGCCUAAAAAAACCGAACUGAAAAUUACGCUGGUAAACAAACAGGCACCAGCAGCACCAGUAGGUAAAGGGAAUUUUAGGGCUUCUUCCGCUGCCGGUGUUCAGUUACUCGAGACGUCGUCGUCGGCUUUGGCGUCGUCACCAUCGCCGUCGUCGACAAGCGCUGGCGAUAGCACAAAACCAGCCUCAGUCGCAAGUGUUGGUGAGUCGAAGACGGUCGCACCGAGUUCUACCGCUUCCAGUAGUUCUAAACCAAUUAGGACCAUAGCUGCACCGAACGUUGUAACCACGGCCAUUAAGGACAAUAUCGGCAUUUCAUCUACCAGCCAGAUUAUCAAACCGGAAAACAUCGCUCUGUCGGACACGGAAACCGACAACGCACUCGAAACGUUGGAAAUCUUUGACAACACCGCCGUGAAAGCCCAAGACCAAUCGCCGGAAAAAACUAGUGAAAAAUUGAAAAACUUUUUUAUGAAGAAGGAAGCCCAGAAAAAGUCCUCGACCGCCGCCACUGUCGUCACCUCCACCACCAACACCACCAAAACUACGAGCGUGACAACCACUUCGGAGACAUCGAAGAAAAAAUCGCCAAAAACCGUCGAUCCUCGUUCGCCUGGCCAGAGUACGGUUCGAACGCAGGAAGCAGCAAAACCGUACCAGUUGGGAAACAACCUAAAAAAUCCGAAUCUAUCCGGUUUCAAACCCAUCAAACCGGAACAACAACAGACACCAGUCGAACCGGUGGAAGCAAAGCCGUCCACCUCCGGAGAAAAUCGUCCUCCCGAUGCAAUAGUGUUCGACAUCGGCAGCGAGGUUCGACCGAAUCGUACUUCGAGUCCGCGCCAGUCGAGGUCACCGCAGCAGCCGCCACCGCUUCUCGCUCCACUGGUUCCGAUCGGUACGGAUAGCAGUGGACCACCCGCCGGUAGCAGCUACAGUCGGUCGAAAUCGCUCGACGAGUACAACUCUUCGCAGGACGGACGCGUUUCGUUGGACGAAAGUUUGCUGAGUGAAAAUUCCCGCCGCAGGAUUGCCUACGUGGCCCAACCGACGCUGUUCACGCCCGAGGAGGAGGAACUGGUGAGCGGACGGCCGUCGCUGCUGUCCAGCGAGUACUCCGCCGAUUCGGACGAUUUUCUCGACAGCAAAAUGUCACCGCACGGUGAUCUGCUGCUGGAUAAAAAUGAUAACGGGGCAAGUAUGUCCACGACACCGUUGGAGAAACGGGAGCAUCUGUACAAAAUAUUGGUGAUUGGCGAGCUGGGCACCGGAAAGACAUCCUUCAUCAAACGGUACGUGCAUCAGUUCUUCAGUCAGAACUACCGGGCGACGAUCGGCGUCGAUUUUGCGCUGAAAGUACUCAACUGGGACCCGAAUACCAUUAUCCGAUUGCAGCUAUGGGAUAUUGCCGGCCAGGAACGAUUCGGCAAUAUGACGCGGGUGUACUACAAGGAAGCCGUCGGGGCGUUUAUUGUGUUUGAUGUGACGCGAAGUGCGACGUUCGAUGCGGUCAUCAAGUGGAAGCAGGAUCUUGACUCGAAAGUACAACUACCGGACGGGAAACCGAUUCCAUGUAUAUUGUUGGCAAAUAAGAGCGACCAACAGAAGCAAGGUAUUGUCACGAUCCCGGCUAAGCUGGACGAGUAUGUGAAGGAUCACGGUUUCGCUGCCUGGUUCGAAACGUCUGCCAAGGAGAACAUCAAUAUCGAAGAAGCUGCCACAUCUUUAGUCAAUAAGAUUCUGAUGAAUGACAAGCAAAACAACACCGGAGAGAUUAUCGAUUCGGAACGAUUCGCCCUGGUAGGCGGUCCACCGGAUUCGAGUCCGAAGAAAAACUGUGCCUGCUGACCGUAUGCCGCCCCAUAUGUCUCAGUGUCUUUACUCGAUAUUUUAUGUUAUUGAUUAAUUUUUACGUCUAUAUAAUAUAUACAAACAAACAAACAAACCAACAAAAAAAUGCCUGCCCAGAAAGCAGAGUGCAAGCGAAAUGCAAUAACAAGUAUAUUCGUCUUACGUUCAACGUGAUGAUGUCACGCGCGGAGCAAUUUAGAGUACCAAAAAAUUGGAAAAAAAACUAUAAUAAAAUCGCUGCCUUCGAAAUCACAAAAAAGAAGGUCUUUAUUGCCAGCAUGUAUUCUAAAGCGGACAUUGCAAAUCCAGUCCAAUGAUACUUAACCGUCUGAGCUGAUGCUUUUUUUUAACUGCAAAUUGUUAUAAUAGGAAUGUCUGUACAAUAAAGUAACGUAUGUUGAAUAUAUUGAAGAACAGUAGCCAUUCUA